AUGCCAGCUUGGAGCAGGUUGUAGGCGGCUGAGUGCGACCGCUCGGCGCAUGCGCCCCUCGACCCAGGGCUGCGUUCGGCGUUUGUAGGCGCAACCGGCCAGGACGUCUUGAAUUAAUCUUCUGCAUAAGAUUCUGAAGCUGUGACACCAUUGAGGAACACUUAUGGGAUCUCUGAAACGGCUCCCAUUGCAGCUGGACUUUGGAGGUUUAACCCCAGCUGUUUAAAGAUGCCUGAAAUAAAAGUCACUCCCUUGGGAGCUGGCCAAGAUGUGGGCCGGAGCUGCAUCCUUGUGUCCAUCGCAGGGAAAAAUGUCAUGCUGGAUUGUGGGAUGCACAUGGGCUAUAAUGACGAUAGGCGAUUUCCUGACUUCUCCUACAUCACUCAGAAUGGAAGGCUGACUGACUUCCUGGACUGUGUCAUCAUCAGCCACUUCCAUUUGGACCACUGUGGGGCCCUUCCGUACUUCAGCGAGAUGGUUGGCUACGAUGGACCCAUUUACAUGACCCACCCAACCAAGGCCAUCUGCCCCAUCCUCCUUGAGGACUUCCGGAAAAUCACUGUGGACAAGAAAGGGGAGACCAACUUCUUCACCUCCCAGAUGAUCAAAGAUUGCAUGAAGAAAGUGGUGGCCGUCCAUCUUCAUCAGACAGUGCAGGUGGAUGACGAGUUGGAGAUUAAGGCGUAUUACGCAGGGCAUGUUCUUGGGGCAGCCAUGUUCCAGAUUAAAGUCGGCUGCGAGUCAGUUGUUUACACUGGUGACUACAACAUGACUCCAGACAGGCAUUUAGGAGCUGCCUGGAUUGACAAAUGCCGCCCUGAUCUGCUCAUUUCCGAGUCCACCUACGCCACGACCAUUCGAGACUCCAAGCGCUGCAGGGAGAGGGACUUCCUGAAGAAGGUCCACGAAGCCAUCGAACGAGGCGGGAAGGUCCUUAUCCCUGUCUUUGCUCUCGGACGGGCUCAGGAGCUCUGCAUUUUAUUGGAGACUUUCUGGGAGCGAAUGAACUUGAAGGCUCCCAUCUACUUCUCUACGGGGCUGACGGAGAAGGCCAACCACUAUUACAAGCUCUUCAUCACGUGGACCAACCAGAAGAUCCGGAAGACGUUUGUCCAGAGGAACAUGUUUGAGUUCAAGCACAUCAAGGCCUUUGACCGGACCUUCGCUGACAACCCAGGGCCAAUGGUUGUGUUUGCCACACCAGGAAUGCUUCAUGCUGGGCAGUCCCUCCAGAUCUUCAAGAAAUGGGCCGGGAACGAGAAGAACAUGGUAAUCAUGCCAGGAUAUUGUGUGCAAGGAACUGUCGGCCAUAAAAUCUUGGGUGGUCAGCGGAAGCUGGAAAUGGAAGGAAGGCAGAUUCUGGAAGUGAAGAUGCAAGUGGAGUACAUGUCCUUCAGCGCCCAUGCGGAUGCCAAGGGCAUCAUGCAGCUCAUCCGCCAAGCGGAGCCGCGGAACGUCCUCCUGGUCCAUGGGGAGGCGAAGAAGAUGGAGUUCCUGAAGCAAAAGAUUGAGCAGGAAUUCCAUGUCACCUGCCACAUGCCUGCCAACGGGGAGACGGUGACGGUUCACACCAACCCCAACAUCCCUGUGGACGUUUCGCUUGGGCUGCUGAAGAGGGAGCUCACCAUAGGCCCCUUGCCAGACUCCAAGAGGCCAAAGCUCAUGCAUGGGACCCUGAUCAUCAAGGACAAUAGCUUCCGCCUGGUCUCUCCCGAACAAGCACUCAAAGAACUAGGCCUGGCGGAGCACCAGCUGAGGUUCACCUGCCGCAUCCACUUCCAGGACCCCCGCAAAGAGCAUGAGACAGGACUUCGUUUAUACAACCACCUGAAGACUUUCCUGAAGGACUAUUCUGUUCAACACCUCUCUGACACCUCCAUAAUGGUCGAGUCCAUCCUGAUCCAGGUUACAGUGCAAUCGGAAGAUCCUGCAACUAAACUUCUGCUGGUGUCGUGGACGUAUCAGGAUGAAGAAAUGGGUAGCUACGUGACCUCCCUGCUGAAGAAGGCGCUGCCUCAAAUCACGGCAUGAGUCUCCCUUGGACAUGUAAAGAAAAAUGUAAAUACUUAAGUUUGUGUGUGUUUUUAACAAAUUAAAACGCAGGAGUUUUAGUAUUUAA